AAAUAAACUUUUGAUAAGAAUGUUUUGUUUAGGUUGUUUUGAGAAAAAAUAUUUUUAAGAUUUUGACUUAUUAAUGAAAUAAUUUUGUUAUUCACUUAAAACAUUAUGGAUAAAUUAACAACAAUUAGUGCAACUUUAUUUUUAGCUGCAGAUGUAUUUGCCAUAACAUCAUUAGCUAUGCCCGACUGGAUUGUUUCUGAAGAGAGCGGUGAAAUUCGUCUUGGUUUGAUGUGGACAUGUAUGACUUUAUAUAACAGACCACAAAUAUGUUUUACUCCCGAAUUAACAACAGAAUGGCUUUUAGCUUUGAUAUGCAUAUUUAUUGGUUGCAUUUGUAUAACAACAACGAUAAUAUUAUUAGCAUCAAGUAGUUGGGAUAGAAAUGUUAUUCCAUAUGCUCGUUGGGUAGGAUUCACGGCCAUGGUACUGUUUUGCUUAGCAGCUGUUAUAUUCCCAUUGGGAUUUCAUACAGAUGAAAUUGGUGGGCAGAUUUAUCAAUUACCUAACACAUAUAAAAUUGGGAUUUCUUAUAUUAUAUUUGUACUAGCUUUAUGGAUUACAGUAGUUUCGGAACUAUUCGCUGGAAAAGUCUGCCUUCCACAUUUUUAAUAAAAAAAAAUAUAUUUUUUAAAAUAUUAACUGUUUUAUUUUAUAUUUUUCCAUAAAAAUUAUGGAAAUAUCUACAUAUAUGUAUUUAUUAUAAGUUUAAGUAUUAUUAUGAUUAGAUUAUAUUUAAUUGU